AUUCAAAUAAAUCUAGAAUUAGAAAAACUUAUAAUAUUUUAUAUAAGAUAUAGAGCUUAUAAAUAUAAAGUUAUUCUAUUAGUAGCUCUUUUUGAACUAAGUAUCCUAUUAAAAUAUAUAAAUAAUAUUUUCUUUAAUUACCUUAAUAUCUUUUAUAUAGCUUAUUUAAAUAAUAUCCUAAUUUACUCGAAUAAUUCCCUAGAAUAUAAAAACUAUAUAUAA